UAGUCCUAAACCAAAGAGUAUGGAAUUCGCGGAUAAACAAGAUUUUUUGAAACUGAUAAUUCUAAGUUUAACGUUAGCAUUAUGGAUUUACUGGCUGUGGACGAGAAAAGAUUUUUACAGAUUCUCAUUACGUUUCCCAGGAUUAUUUGGAUGGCCGCUUUUUGGAAUAUUAUAUCGCAUUAAAAGUCAACAUAAUAUUAUUCAAGAGUUUGGUAAAAUAUUCAAAGACUGUAAGGCCUAUACAAUUUGUACUUGGAUAGGCAUAUACCCGACCAUUUUAACAGCCGACCCACCGUUUAUAAAAGAUGUGCUAUCAUCAAAAGAGUUGCUCAACAAAGCCCAACCAAUAUACAGGCCACUCUAUGACGCAUUCAAAGGUGGUAUUUUAUCAAGCCCAGCGGACGAAUGGCAUAAAAAUCGCCGUUUGAUAAAUCCAAGCUUUUAUCAUAAGGUACUGACCUCAUUUUUGCCCAUAUUUAAUAAGGCUAAAGAUGGAGCUAUUCAAAAAUUCAGUGCAUUGGCAAAUGGUGAACAAGUCUUUAUUAGCGAAGAGUUGCAAAGGUUUACAUUGGGUGUAACAGUUGAAACAACAAUGGGCAAUGUGAUGCGAAAAGGCGAUCAGGUAUCAGAGCAAUUAGUGAAAGCCUAUGUAAUAAGCAUGGAUAAACUGGCAACUGAGAUAUUUUUAGCUUAUGUGAAGCUGGAUUAUUGGUACACUCAUUUUACGAAAGCAUCAAAGGAAUUUAUAUACAAGUAUGUUGAAGAGCUUUUAUAUGGGAAACUCUGCCAAACACCAACUAAGGAAAAUACUCGAAAUAAUGUCAAUAUAAACUCGGAAAAUGCUGCAGACGAGGAUAAUUAUUGGUAUGGGAAUCAAUCAUUUAAUGAGAAGAUACCGAAUAUCUUCAUUGACAGAGCUAUACAUUUUUAUCGCGAAGGAAAAAUGUCGCAUCAUGAUCUCAUUGGUGAAGCGAACACAAUAGUAUCUGCGGCUUUUGAGACCUCUGCCAAUGGAAUAUUAUCAACUCUUUUAAUGUUGGCCAUGCAUCCUCCCGUACAGCAAAGGUUAUUUGAAGAAAUCAUAAAUAUGUUUCCUGAUAAAAAUUUCUACAUGGAUUAUGAAAAUAUUACUAAUCUACCAUAUUUGGAUAUGGUUGUCCAUGAGACUUUGCGCCUAAUGCCCGCUAUACCCAUGAUUGGUCGCCAGGUGGUAAAGGAUACAACACUGAGUAACGGUUUGGUGUUGCCAAAAGGAAUGGAAAUUUUAAUUUCAAUAUUCGAUUUGCAUAGGAGAUCUGAUAUUUGGGGCGCAAAUGCAGAUAAGUUCAAUCCUGACAAUUUUUUGCCAGUUAAUUUACAAGAAAAACAUUCACAUGCAUACAUACCUUUUUCGAAAGGUAUUCGAAAUUGUAUAGGUUGGAAAUAUGCGCUAAUGGCAAUUAAAAUACUAUUGGCAGGUUUUGUUCGGAACUAUUCUUUUGAAACUAGUGUAAAAUUAGAAGAUUUGAAGUUUUCGAAUAAUGUCACACUCAAAUACACUAAUGAGCCUGCAUUUACUAUAAAGCAUCGUGAAAAUUAAAGUCCUUAUUUAUAAUGAAAUGAAAUCUAUGUUAUAAAAAUUAUGUUGUUAUUUAUUAAUUAAAUAAAAUAUUUGUUAUUUAUUUA